GCGAGCGGCUGCUCUGCCGGUGAGACAAGCCCCGCGGAGCCGCAGCUCGCCGACGACACAACUUUCCUCCGUGAGCGCACGGUGCUCCCAGCCUGGCUGCCUGCCUGCCGGACCCCGCCGGACCCUGCCAGACCCCGCCGGAUCCUGCCAGACCCUGCCGGAUCCCACCUGCUGCAAGCCCCUCUGCAGGGGACACUUUCGCUGGCAGCACCGCGGGCACCGUCCUCUGUGCCUGCCACCGUCUGGUGCCACGUGGGCGCUGGGUGCCGGAGCGGGGCAGCUGCUUCCCCCGGCCUCUGAAGCACCACAGGGCUUGGCCCCAUCCUGCCCUGCCGGACUCCUCAGCCCAGGUGAUGCCACCCCAGGUCCCUGUCCACACGCGCUGAGGACCGGUGCCACCUCCGAUCGCACUGUGCGAUGGGUGCCGAGGUGGCGUUGGGCAUCGCCGGCCCCGGAGCGAGGGUGACGCGGGACAUGGCACAGCCCGGCGCUGCGUCCGUGCGUGGUGAGCGGCUGGCCCCAGCGCUCAGCCCGGCUGCGUGAAGGGCUCCCUGCCGCCAUGGCCCCAGGCGGGCAAGUGUGAGCCUCCGGCGGCACUGGCGAGGGGGAGGAAGAUGCCAACACCCCUCCGGCGCUGCCUGGCCUGCGGUCCCCCUCGCCCAGGCGCAGCAGCUGCCGGAACUGAGCGAUGGAUUCCUUCUGCUUCGUCUGCUUCCAGAAAGAGGAGCUGCAGCCCCUGCACCUGCACAGCGCAGCCAUGAGCGCGGGUUCGAUUGAGCAAGAGCCGUCGCGGAAGCUGGCCUGCUGCGGGGUGCCCCUCAUCACCGAGGACAUGCAGUCCCUGGCCAUCCGCACCCUCUCGGGCACCGACAUCAGCAAGCACUACGACCUCAUCCGCGAGCUCGGCAAGGGCACCUACGGCAAGGUGGACCUGGUGUCCCACAAAAGCACAGGCACCAAGAUGGCCCUGAAGUUCGUCAACAAGAGCAAGACGAAGCUGAAGAACUUCCUGCGGGAGUUCAGCAUCACCAACACGCUCUCCUCCAGCCCCUUCAUCAUCAAGGUCUUUGACGUGGUCUUUGAGACUGAGGACUGCUACGUCUUCGCUCAGGAGUAUGCCCCGGGUGGGGACCUCUUCGACAUCAUCCCGCCACAGGUGGGGCUCCCCGAGGAGCUGGUGAAGCGCUGCGUGCAGCAGCUGGGUCUGGCCCUCGACUACAUGCACAGCAAGAGCCUGGUGCACCGGGACAUCAAACCGGAGAACGUCCUGCUCUUCGACCGCGACUGCCGCCGCAUCAAACUGGCCGACUUCGGCAUGACCCGUAAGGUGGGCUGCCGGGUCAAGCGCAUCAGCGGCACCAUCCCCUACACGGCGCCCGAGGUCUGUCAAGCCGGGCGGGCGGAGGGCUUCGCCGUGGACACCAGCAUCGACGUCUGGGCUUUCGGGGUGCUCAUCUUCUGCGUCCUCACUGGGAACUUCCCCUGGGAGGCGGCGGCGCCUUCCGACGCCUUCUUCGAGGAGUUUGUGCGGUGGCAGAAGGGGCGGCUGGGGGGGCUGCCCUCGCAGUGGCGACGCUUCACGGACAGCGCCCUCCGCAUGUUCCAGCGCCUGCUGGCCCUCGAUCCCGAGAAGCGCUGUCCUGUCAAGGAGGUCUUCUACUUCAUCAAGUGCGACCUGAUGGCCGAGGUGCGCCGACGACCCUCCUACCGCUCCCGCAAGCACGCCGGGGACAAGCUCCCGGCCGGUCCCCAUCGCCACGAGGCGACCGGCUCCUGCACCCCCGCCCCGCUCAAGAGGACCGUCCUGACCGAAGGGAGCGGACCCCGCGGCUCCGAGCCGAACGUGGCCCCCCCGGGGACGGCGAGCAGGACAGACGGACGGCAGGACAAAGGCAAAGGGCAAAUGGUCCUGGCCACAGCAAUAGAGAUCUGCGUCUGACG